GAGCGUAAAGCGAUGUUUUACGCUUCGAUGCUUUGUUUAUUUACGUAAAACUUUACUCUUCUCGCCCUUCAUUUCGUGUUAAACGAUCACGUCGAAUUCUGGUCGAUUAAGCCAUGGGAUUUGGACUGCAACUCAGGCUGUUGCUGUGGAAAAAUUAUACCUUAAAAAAGCGGGCGCCGGUAAGUGUCUCGAUGUAUUGUCCCCUAUAAAAGAGAGUGCAUCGAUCUGCUCCAUCUUGCGCAUUUUCCAUUUCAUGUAGGCCACUUCCAGUCUUUCUCACACAUGUACACUACAAAGGGAACACGCAAACAUAAUGUAAUCCUUUUUUUUCAGUUUGCUGUCCUGAUAGAAGUACUCAAACCGCUAGUUUUAUUUCUCAUUUUGAUGGGCAUUCGAUUUAGACGAGAACCGGAUUUUGUCCCGGAGGGUAAGUUACCAGUAGAGAUUCAUUGAAGCGUUUUUAAUUCAACUUACUCUCUGUUCAGUAUGACAAUGACUGUGCAAACUAGCAGUUUUCAAAUAAGAGGUAUCUGCUCUUGAGAGACUAAGGAAACGGAUUGUAAAUAGUAUGAAAAGUACAAAGGCGUUGAAAUUUCGUUUAGGAAAAAGAAAUAUAACCAAAGUUGAAUAAUGAACAAUAUUAUUAUUGUUGAUUGGACGACAUCGAUGAUUCAUUUUUUUUGUUGUUGGGAGAGGGGGAGACGGGGUUGUUGGGUUUUAGAAAUGUUCACUGUCGGUUAUUUUGAAUAAGAGAAACUCAAAGCAGCAUGUGUUAACUGUACAAUUCCACUUAAGGGACAGCGUAACUUAAUACAGUCACCUGCUCAUAUUGGACAGAUUCUGACAAAAGGUGCAUAAAAUUAAUAUUUAGCACUAAUUAUUCGAUGAGGCUGAAAAAUGUAGAUUGACACCCUCCAAUAUACGCAUAUUUCUUCAGAUCAUCAUCAAAGCCAAAUCCAAUAGUUGUUUUAUCAUUCAACGAAGUAAACGAUAUUCAUCCAUUAAGUUGAUAUUUGCUGUCUAAGCUUUAGUUUGGCUAUUUCUUCUUCAAAAAGCAUGCAUUAUUUUCUGCUAUUUUCUCCAGCUCAACCAAAACAGCUGAGCUAAUGCAGGGCUUCUUGGUUGCCAUUCCUUUUUCUGUUUCUAUCCUGCACUAAUGAUAUCGUUUUACUGUAUAUUUCAAACAUCUUCCAAAUUUGGUCAACCUGAGCCUAGGUCACAGAUGUAGGUUGUUUACCAUUUACAGCAAAUUCUGGAAAUUGGGAUGUAAACGGUAAACGUUUUUUUGGUUCGUCCCACUGGAAAAUUCCCAGGCCAAACAGAAAUUCUGAAAAGUUAGUCCCGUUUCCCCGGUUGGGACGUUCCGAAUGGAAAUACGUUUACCAUUCACAAGUUUCUUGAGUUUUGAACUAGUUUCAUGUUGUAACUAGAAUCUAGUCUAGCAUGGCGUGACAAUCCAGAAAUAUUGAGCAAAUGGUAAAUGACAUGUACUGUUCUUACCAAACGAAAAUUCCUAACCAAAAUUUCCGAAAUUUUUUAUAAAUGAGUUCAACUUCGUAGGCAUGCUGGCAGUAAAGACGUGCAAUGUUUCUUUCUGCCAACAGAGUACAGGUGUAUGUUCGCAUAUGAUGAAAUAGCAUCUAGGCGCCAGUUCAAAAGGUGGAUAAUGCUAUUUGGUGGAUAAAUGCCUAUCCACUAGAUGGAGCAAUUAGUUUCUCAAAUACUUAUACACUGGAUAGUGAUUAAUCCAGUGGAUAGUGGUAUUCAACCUUGGAACAACUGGGGGCCAGGGUGGUACCAGUGACUAAGCCACAGGAAGAUAUGACUGGCAUAUGACAACCGGGUUUAACUUGUAAUCCAGGAGUCUCCAGUUUAUUUUUCAGUGAUUCUGAAUCAGUACCAGCAGAGUGCAGAGAAAGUAGGGCAAGCUGUAGUUUGCAUGCUCUUAACUCCCAAAAAACUAGCCUGAAAAAAUUUUGAUGAGCACAGUUCUUCUGUAAUUUGAAUUCCCAAAAACAUUCACUUUUGUGACAGACAAAUUAAGAACAGAAUUCACUAGCCCUUUAACAAAAUCAACUAGCUGCGGCUAUCAGACCCUACUUUCUUUAACAAUAUGGCUGGGGUUGUUUCUUGGUACAGUGUAGUCAUUAGCAUGUAUUAUCAUACCCAAAAACAAUUACCUGAGGUAAAAAAUUAACUACCACAUGUACAUUUGUGCUCGUUUCCACUUCACACUGAUUGGUGGAAAUCUUACAGCUCAAUUCCCGCCCCACCGCCAGUUCGCCCCAGAGAGCUUGCUCACAGGGUAAAACUUUGAAUUUGUAAUAAUCAACCCUGGGAGGGGUGUACUUGAGUGGCUUUUGGACAUAAAUGUAUAUGCAGGGCUGCCACCAGUUGGGCUUUGAAAUCCUCCCAUGACGCUGCUCAGAGGACUAAAGGAUAAAACUCUGGAGGGCCCUAUUUAAGGUAAUGGACAAGAUGCACACUUUGUAGGUUCUUUGAGACAGGGCUUCUGAUAUUUCGCGCGGUCGCGAAGGCGGGAAAUUCAGGUAAAUCCGCGAAAUCCCGCGAAAUUCACAAAAACACGAAAAAUACCGCAAAAUUCGGUACAAAUCUUAUCAAAUACAUAUCUGUACUACAUAUUUCAAACUUAUUUCAGGUAUAGGGGCUAUUUACUUGCCGUAAACUUGCAAAUUCAUCUUGGAACUUCGUCACUGAAACGUGCAAACAACGUCUCGAAGCUACCAGGCGUAAAUUAUGUUGUGAAAAACUGGGCACUAGCCAUAAGUGUAAAGGCUUUGGCUUUGGUUCAUUUCUGGAGCGUAUUGUUGUUGAAAGAGUAAAUAAUGACCUCUCUUAGAAAAAUUUUAAAAAUGCUGGUCUGAUCAGCGCAAAACCGAUCAAUUUCUAGCGAAAUUUGCUGUGAAAAUAACCACAAAAUCGGCUGUUUUUUACCGAUUGCUUUUUGGUGAAGUUUGCCCCGAAAACUCCCACGAAAUUCCCGUGAAAUCGGUCGAUUUUUCCGCGAAUUUAUCCCUAAAAAUCCCACGAAAUUUGACUUUUUCUUCCGCGACCUAUUAGAAGCCCUGUUGAGACAAAAAAGGCUAAAAGGACCCUGUUUAUGUCAAGCUUGAGAGGCAUGAUUUGUCCAUGCAAAACUCCAAAAAGCCUGUUUCUGCAAUCGCCUGUCUAGCAGUACAUCCCCAUUUUAUAGUCCAGAUCAAGAAAUGUGACAACCCUCUGGCAAGUAGUGUUACCCUUGUUUCAUGAGUCCACAAAUAAACCAUAAAACAUCUUUACACUUCACAUGCUUCGCAUUUUUAUUCCGUUUCUUUCUCUCUCGUCACUCGUUCAGCUCACGCUCAGUCUUCUGAUAACCCGGAUGAGCUAGGUCAAACACAAGACUCGUUUCUGCUUCCGGUUGUUUUUUUUUCAGUACAAUCUCUAUAUGUAACAGUAGCUAACAAGGUUGCUGCACAUCAGAUGGAAUUUUUUAACCAAACUAGUAAUAGUUUUUAUUUUUAGGUAUUAGUUAUUUUAUUUAUGUUUCAUUUUAAGUAUUUUUUGUUUCAGUCGUUAGUACGUGUCCUGAAUGCAUAAGUUUGUAAAAUUGAUGUGAUAAUUUUUGUUGAUGGACUUGGAGUUGUCAAAAAAUUUCCGACCUCUUCACGUACAGGUGUAUGAUCCCAAUUGAGUUGUAACCAUACAGCUGUAUGCGAGGGGGUGGAGGAUUAAAAAUGUCUGAUAUCCUGAAAAGGAAAAUAUGCUAUUGGCAACUGAAACAAACAAAAAAUAAUAUAUAGAGUUACAUAAUUAUUUGAAUGGUAAUAUUGAAAAAUGUUAACUCAUGCCCUCAUGUCCUCCUGGCAGAUGAUGUUAUUGUACUGAUCGUUGCAAGGAGGUGUGCAGCUGUUUAAGCAUACGUCAAGUUCUAUUUUUACUACUUCCACGUAAAGUUUUGUUUUCAUUUGUUUCAAUGUGUUGGGAAUAUUAAUCUCUUAUAAAGGGUUUUAAAAUUCAAAAUAAGUGGCCCUCCAUCCAUCCAAACAAACGAACACAUGAAAAAUAUACUAAAAUUAUGUUGUAGCUAAUUUUCUAUCUCAGGCAAUUUUUCUUUUUUCUUUUGUUUAAACUUCAUUGGCAUGUAUUACCAUAACAAUAACAAAAGAAAAACAAAAAUUACCUGAGAUAAAAAAUUAACUACAAAAUAUAUAUUAAUGUAAAAUGCAAGUACAUGAAAAAUGCCAUUUAGUAAUAAAUAAAUGAAUCUGCAGGUCACAAUUAAAUUGAGGUUAAAAUGUUUUAAUCCUUUAAGCCCCAAGAUCCAUAUCUUUUAAGAAUAGUUGAGAGAAUUUGGUUUAAGAUCAAAGUAUUCUCAGAUCCUUGGUAUUCAAUUAAGUAAUUCUCAUAACCUUUAUUCUUGAUGAUCUGCUGAUGUUGUUAGGAGAAAAUUGAUGUUGGUCACUCUUAGGACCUUAAAGGUUAACCUAAGUUGAUUGUCAACUUCCUUUGUUUCGUAGCCUUCAUUAUUCAUGAAUUAAGGCUAGGAGACAAAGGAAAUAGAAAGCUAGUGAAUAACCAAAGGUUAGGGAGGGUGGGUGACAAUGAUCAAAGGUCAAAAUGCUUUUGCUCCAUUGCUGUGCUUUGUGUAAGUUUCAUGUGACAGAUAGUCAAAACCACCCAUGAUCAGAUUGCGAGUGAUGGAAGGUCCAAAUGUGCGUGAUCAGAUUAUGAGUUAUGGGAGGUCCAAACGCGUGUGAACAAAUUGUGUUUUGUGUAUUCCAGUGGAAGUCCAAAUGAAUGCCGGCUACAUACAUGCCACGCAUGCAUAAUAACAGCCUGGAGAUUAGAAUUGCGGGCUCCUCUUGUUACCUGCAAUUAACCUGGGUUAAAAAAUGUUAAUCUGACCUGUAACAAGUAUAGGCAUUGAGAUAAUGAAAAUAUGAAUUUUUGAUAUUAUAGAAAUGUUGAAUGAAGAAACAAAUGCAAAGUAGAUCAUCGCAGUUAAAGACACAACUUAUGCAGCUGCGGAAAAAAAGCCUGAAAAGUAAUAUAACUUAAACGUGGACGUGAACAGAUAAAUGAGCUCAAUAUCAUUAACAUUACUGUUUGUUUUCUUCUGUCGCAGACGUAUUUCCAGUACGGGCACUGCCUUCAUCAGGAAUCAUUCCUCUACUACAGCAGUUCUGCAAUAAUAAAGAUAAAGAUGAGCAUGGCUUUCCAGUCCACCCAAAUGCGAGGUAAUGAAGUUAACGUAGCUAAAGAAUAUAUAUUUCACAUACAGUAAAGUACUGCUCAUAAGUCCUCCCCCUCUCUUUAUAUAGUGGAUAUAGUUUUUAUAUGAGUUCGAUUUUUUAACCAUGGUUUGAAGCUUUAAAAAGGGAUUAAAUUCAAAACGUUUUGUGAUCAGCGCUGCUAUGUAGCUUGUUUUCAAUUUCAAAUCAAGUAUUUAAAUUUUUUGCCACAAAGUCCCACAGUAAGGUGGUUUUUUACAUGUUUUCUUAUGUAAAGCUGAAAGUUUUCUUUUUUAUGAUUAGUGUUAGUUCAAUUUAAGUAGAUUCAUUCAUAUAUUCUAUUGUAUAAUAUCGUUAGUUGCUAGUUUUUUUUUUCUUUCCAUUCCUUUGUUAUAGCCUCAAUGAUUUUACCAUGUCUAAAUAAAGUUAUCUUAUCCUAUCUUAGGGUCUUUCUGCAGGUACCGGAAAGCUUUGUAUUUUUGGUCACUUGGGAUUAGUCUUUAUUUGGAGUUGUUUUGUUUCCUGUCUUUUAUUACUAUUGUAUUACGUAAUCUGUGCUCCGGUACUCACAGAAGGAACCCUAUCUUAUCUUGAAACACGUUUUUAAUCAAAUUAUUAGUCCAUUAGUAACCCAUCCUCACCCUCUGCACCCUUGUUUUAGCAGCACUGGAGUACCAUAAAACCUCUAGCAGGAGAGAAGAGAAACAUUAACAUUAAACCCUCAUGUGGCAUUUAAUCUAGGGGCUUAAUCUGCCUUCCCCCAAUUUCGAAGGCGAGUGCUACAACAAGCUGCAAAAAUGUUGAGACACUCUGAUGAAAAACUGGCCUUUCUUACUUUAAAUUGCUGCUGGUCACACAUCUGUGAGAUAAAAUACUAAUUUCCACCCUGCCCUCCAUUCAAAGUUGUUCCUCCAAGUUUUGAGGAUGAUCUUGUUGGCAACUUUGAUAAGGGGAGGAGGGGGGAGCACAAGGUCAUGGACAGGCCAUUAUUUUAAGCCAAAAUAAGGUAUAGUGUGUCAAGUAAUUUUGCAGCUCUGGUUGUAGCUCUCUCCAUUUCACCUUCCCAGUCUGUUCUGCUAAUCUGAAACUUAGGUAAAUAAUCUUGAUAACCAAUGUUUGAAGGUAGUGAAUAACUAUAAUUUUUGCUUUUUCCUCUCUAGUAUUGGCGCUGUUCUGGAUCAUAUUGCUGAUAUUCUGUCAUCCCCUGGUCUGUCUACUGCUCAGGAUCUACAGACACUACCUGAAGAUUAUAAAGAUUUUGAUAAAAACUUCAAAAAGUUUGUGUCAAAUGCACAAAAUGUUGACAGUAAGUCUUCGUUAGUAAAAUUUUUACUCACAUGAGUAUCCAGCGUUGCUCAGAAUACUGGAGUAAAUGAAAGGAGGAAAUAUUCUACAUUAAUUCCUUUAAAGAAAAGUUAUGCCUAUAAUACCUUAAAAUUCCUUCUCCCCAUAAAUUUGUAGAACUUUCUUCACAUAGAAUCAGUAGUUAAAUUUAAUCAGGUGUUUUACAAAUCCAGCCAGGCCACGACUUCUCUAUGUUUAUUUCUUUUGUGAGUAGCUCUUCCCAUAAAUUUUUUAAACAUGUUCUUUGCAGCAGUCAGUAUCUAGUAGUGUCAGGUUAACUGUAGUUGUUGCUAGAAUUUGUUGCAGCUUUUUACUCGUAGGUCAAGUUGUUUGGGGCACUCAGGACAGAUUUUUAUAACACAAUCGAACUACAGAAUUCACCUUUUGAGCAAAUCCUGUCCCACAGUAUUUGGAAAAUCAUGAUAAUUAAUGUGAUUAUAAUUCUAAAGAAAUUAACUUUGUUAUCUUAUGUCGAUUUUUGUAAUGUAGAUUUCACAAUAAAGGAAAUAUUAAAAGAUCCUGAUGAAGUGCAGCAGCUCAUGCAUAACCUGUCCAUUCCACCUUCCAUAUCAGAGGGUCUCCUGAACACAACAGUCAACACAAAGGAGGUAAAAAGAAAAAAGAACUGUACUGGAGGACUAACAUAACUUAACAUGACAUAACUUGAUUAUUUAUAAAUAUAGCGCAUAAUACAUGGUUAUAUGAUCUAAUGUGCUUUACAUUACAAUGCUUAUAAUAUUACAAUAAAAUUGAUAACCCUUUGAACAGUCCUACUAGCUUUGAUUAUUAUCAGGGUGCAAAGAAAGUCAGUUUUAGUACAGCUUUCCAUUGGGGAAAGCAGUAUCUUGCAUGUAGCAGUCAAAGAGUCAUUUUAUGUAUGUAAUUUGAAUAUUUCCCCAAAAAACUUCACUUGCCUAUCAGGUUAAAUAAAAACAGAAUUCACCAGCCUGAUAGCAAAAUCCACUAGCCCUGGGCUAUCUGACACACCUUUCUUUACACACUGAUUAUCAAAUCUCUCUUUGUAACAUCACUUGAGGUGCUUUCCAUUUGUCAGAAUAGGCCGGCCUGACUAGUCAGUUAGUAACAUGAAAUCAGCUUUUUCCAAGAGUUUUUGCUGAAAAACCAUUUCCUUUGUGCAUACUAUUUAGGACUUGACUGAUCUGGCUGGAUAGUUUAUUCUCAUUACAAUGGGAAUGGUCUGACCAGUCAGUUCUGACAAAUGGAAAGUGCCCCUAGUCUGUUUGAUAUUUGUAAGCCUUAUUAACCCUUUAAGCCCUAAGAGUGAUCAGCAUCAAAAUUCUCCUUGUAAUAUCAAUGGUUUGUAAAACAGAGUGGUCAUGAGAAUUACGGACAUGAUCACACAAGAUGAAUUUACUUGAUAUUUUAUCAACUUCUCCCCACUACUUCUGUAGGAAAUGAAUAGGGGCUACAAAUGAGAAUUCAAAUUUUGACCUUAGGGUUUAAAGGGUUAACUGCUUCAAUCUUUUAUCAAAUUCUAUCAACUAAUUCAUCAGGGACAUGUAUGGAGAUCAGUGAGGAUCGUAAGGUUUAAAUGGGGCUGUGAAGUGUGUAGGAUAACAUGAGUAGUUCGUAUAAUAUAUGUCUUGGGUUAUUUGGUAAAAUUUCUUUUAUUUUUCAGCUCAUAAAAUUUGUGAAUGCCCAUAGAAGAGACCUUUUGAAGCAGCAACAUUUUGGAAGCCAUUCAGCAGGUCAAAAUCAGGGAGGUCUUCCGGGAAUUCCUCCACAUGCUGCUUCAUCUGGGCCUGGUCUAUUGGGGUUACUGUUCAGCGUCAUGAAUCGCCUCCAGAAUCCUGCGCCAACUGUACCUCCAACUCCACAAGUCAACCUCACUACUGAGCCGGUUCGUAUGCUGUUACAUCUGCAAGAGCAUUUGCAACCGUUCAUUUUCCCUAUCAUUUCAGUCUUAUCUUUGGUCAACAACAAGAACAAACAACAACAAGUUUACAACAAUUUAUUUGAAAAUACAGUUGAACCUCUUUUAAGCGGCCACCCUGUAUUAAUUGACCAGUAAUCAAAGUCCUGAAAUAAUAUUAUAGAAAAGAAUAUUGUCAAAAAACCUCUGUUAAUCAACCGCCUUCAUCAAGUGGCUGUGGCCACCCUUUUAGCCAUCCGAUGAAAUUCUCCCAUUAUUAGUUUGGCUUUAUUAUGAUGAAGGAAAAUACAGUCCUGGGUAGAAGGUCACAACUGGUUGUCACGUAUUUGGUUUCAAAAUAAAGUGAUGUUCCUGCUAAAGAUUAUGCUAUUUUAUGACAAUUCCCUGUCAAUCAUUGAGCGUCCAACCUCUUAUAAGCGGCCACUUUGCGGUACCCCAAGGGUGGCUUUUCAAUGGAGUUCAUUAGUUCUUUGGAAUGGAUCGUUAUUCUCAUCCUACAAUGAUGGCCUCAUCCCUUACCUCUGAAAUUCAGAACGCCUCUAGUAUUGCUGUUUGCACACCUUACCUCUCUUGAUGCUUGUAGGUAGUUUUUCCCUUCCUUUACUUUUUUCUCUUGUAUUCUUGCAGUAUUUCUUCUCACUUUUUCUUUUUCGUUUUUGCACUUGCUUGUUCAGCCUUAUCUAUUUUUAUCCUGUUUAAUGAUUAUUUUCUAUGUUGUGAAGAAAUUUUUUGUGAUUAGUUGAAUUGUCUUGCCGAUGCCAGUAUUAUAUUCAUUAAUUUAGUGAUAUACUUUUAAAGGUGGUCCUUUUUACAAGCCUUAGUGUCUUCCUUGAGCUCCCUUGCCUCAUCUUUCUUGCAUUUGUUUACAUAUUUAAUUUAGAUGGAAAAAUGAUAAUGAAAAUAAAAUUAAAAAUCCUAAUCCUCUCAGAUCGGGGGUAAGGGUAGUUAAUCUGAGGAUGGAGUAUCAUUUAGGCAUUCCAAGAAAAAGUUUAGGAGAAGAACACAAGAUUCCACCCCAUUAAUUUCACUAAAAAAUAUGAUGUCCAAGUUAUUGUAGGUGCCCCCCAAAAAGGAAAAUUUUACUACUGGGUUUUAUAACCUUAUAUUUCUUUUUCAGACUUCUAACAUUCCUGAUCUACCUCUAAAUGCUUCCUCAUGCAAUACAACGGAACUGGAGAAAAUUCUGGUGCUCAAAAGUGCAAGCCAAAAGGUGCGUUUGCAGAUAGAAAUGAUAUUAUUUGUUAUAAACAAGACAGUUGUAUUAACUGUAGCAUACCUGUACAACUAUAUAGCAAGAGUGACAUCCAAUUAUUCCAGUAAAGAAUGGACUGGUUUUCAACUGUAUUUUUAAUUCUUCAUUUUGUAGGAAACACUUCGUUACCUAUGCGGUUUAACACCUUCACAAGCGCAGAUGUUAGCUGGCUUUUUACAGAAUCAUAUAGAUCGAAGUGCUGCCAUGCAAAAGGUUGGCUGGACUGUCUGUGUUUUUUUUUUGUACGUGUAUUGUUUGACUGAAUACCAUAUGCGUUUUCGUUGGUCGUUACGUUGGGCCAUUGGAGUACAGAUGCACGGCUGAUGUUACAGAAGUAUUUUUCUUUGCUUUGUGCAACGAAGCGCGCAGUUUUGAAAAUGUUUACAAGUUUACUGCGGAUCUAGUAGACUGAAGCCUCAAUUAAAGUUAAGCAGUGUACGAGUGAGGAAGAAACAUUUAGCAACAGCACGAGAUGCGUUAACGCCUAAAUUACAACAAAACCUCCAACAGCCCUAUGCACCUUGACGUAAUCUGUGAUCUAUACUUGAACACACCCUUACUAGGUUGCGUGUAGGACUGGAUCAGACUUGUGUCGAAUUGCACUCUGGGGAUGCUUUUGGAGGCGAAGUGUACCCAGUUUUCCUGCGCAACCUUGCAAUAGCCAAUAAAAGAAGUGACAGCACGCCCAGCAUUGACCCAUUCUUACAUGUAUGUGUGACCUCAAAGUGGCUAAUGCAGGCGUAGACAUUGAACAAUCCUUGUCGAUUUGUUAAGUCACGUUUUGGGUCUCAAUAAACUAUGAGCUCUUCCGGUUCAGUCAGCAGCUUCUUGGAUAUUACAAGCACUUUGUAUCAGUCAUGACUAUGCAUACUUUUUCUUAUUUUUUUCCAGCUGAAUGUAACCCGGGAGGAUUUGAUUGCGUACAACAAGUCUUAUGAAAAACUAAGAGGAGAUGUAAGUGUUGUACAGUUUAAAGAAGCCCUCUUCUGUUGGUUUGCGCUACUAAGAAAAAAUAUCCGAUCCCUGAAGCGUUAUUGCCGUAGUUCUUCUUAACAAUAGAGAAAUUUAGAGUCACAUCCACAGCAAAUGGCAAACGGUAAUUUGUACCACUUGGCUAAGUUUUCCCGCCUUAACAUGUCGUUUACUGUUCAUUAUCACUACACGGAAAUCAGAAGAUUCACGCCAGUUUUAUCCUUAAGAACUGUUUUGAGCUGUUUUUCUCUGCUCAUUUUCUAUUUUGAGAAUUUUAACUUUCUUUUGAAUUAGCGAUUAAACUAAAAUAUUAUCGCGUACAUCAAUCUUAAAUUCUGGUCUCUAGCGAAAACACAGACCACUAACUGCGUCCCUUUAGCGAACUCUACUGCCUGAUAACUAUUCAGAAAAGUACAGUGCCAAAAAACUGUUUAGGUCACUUCUGAAAAAACUAGUUAGACCGAGCAUUCUUUUUGAGAGCUGUCUUCUUUUGUGGCUUUUAAAAUAAAGAGUUUGACCGGCUUAACUUUAGGCGUCGUAAGUCAUGCGUUACAAUUUACGCAACUUAGCCUGCGAGAGAGCUGUCCAUUUCGAGUGGCAAGCUAAUCGAUCCGCGCGAGAACGCGCAAGUAAGCAGCGUCUACUUUCGCGUGCCACUUUUGUGUGACCUUCCAUUUUCCCUCCUCCAAUUUUAGAUAAAGAACUUGACUCAAUUUGUACACUUGGUGCAAGAAGGAAUAGAACUUGCGCAAUUACUGCGGAUUAACCUAUCAUUUACUGAAGGACUUCAGAACAAGUCAUCGUCGGAAAGAAAGAAAAUCUACCUUCAUGAGAUGUGGAAGAAUCUCGGCCCAAUCAUAUGUGGCCCUGAUCCCAGCGCACAGCCCUCUAAAAAGGUGGUAGACCACAUGUAUGACUACCGUUGUCGGACGACAGCUUGUAGAACACGGACCAUGCGCCUUAUGUUGUAUCUUCUGCUUCACAAUCCUACAAUUGUUUACUCUCCCAAUGGGACCGCCGCUGACGACAUCAUCAAGAAGGUAAAUGUCGUGGUCAGGCUGUCGUUUUCAUUUGUUUAGGUAGUUUAGAGUUUUCCACUUUUUCCUUUGAUAAUAUUUCUUCCUCCUUUACUGCUACAAGUAACGCUUCUGUGUUCCUCUCAAGCGUUAGCCCAGUCCAGCUUCUUCUAUCCGCACACAAUCUUCUACUUCAAUCACACCAUGUCCCCACAUUUCGAGGCUUUUAAAAACGUUCCACGUCACUAGUUGGGUUUAUUACAUUCCUUAAAUGGUUCUAUUAAUUUCCUCGUUCACCUACCUCUCCAAUUCCAUCUUACUCCAAUUAAAUAUGCCAGCUCUGUACCGUAUGACAGAUGUUGUCCAGGUUUUGUAGCCAAUUCUGUGUUUUUGCCAUUUAGUUUUGCCUAUUAUUAUUAUUAUUAUUAUCAUUAUUUUGAUUGAUUUUUAUUGUUAUUUUUAAGUCAUUAACUUUUAGUAAAUGGUUCUUUACAUCUAGAUUUAAUGAGCUGUCUCAAUCGUAGACUCAGUUCUCUAAAAUAAUGUUUGUUUUUUUCCCAGGCAAACAGAACAUUUUCAGACAUUGAAAAGCUACAGCUUCUCGCAAAAGAUUGGUUAAAUACGUCACAGAAGAUCCGUACAGUGUUACAACAGAAUGAAUCUCAGUAUUACCUAGGACUUAUGUUGAACAGUGAACAUAAAUGUCUCCGUCGGUACGACGAUUUGGCAUACAAUACUUCUGGAUACAGACCCGUUGAUAAAAUCAAGUAAGAACGGAUAAAACGCACAGUCUCUAUCUCAGUUUACUACCGCAUGGAUUAAAGGAUAGAUCUCUUUAUUAUUAAACCCUGUUUGUAUGGAGAAAACGUGUCGCGGGUGGAAGGGUUAGGGUGGAUUUCCUUUCUCACGUAAUUUGUCCCUGCGUCAGGGUUGAUUUCCAUGCAGUGACACGUAAUUUUUACGCGCGCACGUGCGUAAAAUUUACGUUCGCAAAUAAAUCAGAGGCAAUGCAUGAAAGGUAAAAGUUGAACCUCGCUCAACUCGUCUUUUAAGCUCAGCACUUUUUAUCUUGCGUCUCUUUUAUUUACGUGAUUAAAAUUUAUGUGCGUUAACAUGCGUAUCCAAAAACGCGUCAGUGGAAAUCAACCUUUACGCACGUAAAUAAAAAUAAUAGAGACAAUGUAUGGAAGGUCACGCGUAUACGUAAAAGUUGAGCCUCGCUUAUGUUUACGCGUGGCCUUUCAUACAUUGUCUACUUGGCUGUGAGUCUUAGGGGACAAACAAAAGGAAUCGUCUUGAGGCUCAGCGAUGAAAAAUACAUUUCCUCUUCCCCCUUCCCCCCACCCCCAAGCCUCGCAGCCAGGUACGAAUUUUAAUGCAUCGGAAUUGGUCUAUUAAUUGCUUUAUAAUUUCUAUGUGUAAUCAAAUGGUGACGAGUAAAAUAAGGGAAUAAUUCACGUUCCAUCUGAGUUGUAAAUAUCAUCCCUGGGGAUUAAUUAAUGAUAUGCAAAUGAGUAUAUAUAAUAGGAAACACUGGCAUGCAUUGUCCCAUUCACUUCACUUUGUCGGACACGAAGGGCGAUUGGCGACCCACCCACCCUUCCCAGCGAGUAAGUCGGGUUCCAGAUUACCUGUAUUCGAUUCAGUCUGUCUUGGGCUAGGUUCAGGUCAGAUUGAUUCCCAAUACCUUAUUAUUAUGUCACGAAUAACAAUACCCAGGGAUGAAUAUUAUACAAUUUUACGCCAGUAUGAAUUUUGAUAUAUCGAAAAUGGUCUAUUACCGUUUGUCCCUAGGGAAUACCAAAGCCAAGGUCUUGAUGAGCUGUUGACCAGGAGUUGUGAUAACACCAACCCUUUGAUCAAGCAGCUGGAUGCUAUUGAUAGCGUGGCUCGCAUGUGGCUGGAGAUAGCGUCGCAACUUGAUCUUAAUAUUUUUAAAGGCUUCAAGGACGAGCAGUCGUUAGUAAAUUUUGCACUGAAUAUCAACAACUCAAAGGCAGGAGACACCUCUAAAGUUGUUGCAGGUUAGUUUUGCAUCUUACGCUGCGUGCAAACGGACGCAACAACUCCCAACACGUCAACAAUGUUGGGAGUUGUUGCGUGCGAGUUGGCAGUGGUGUGCAAACGGAUGCAACAACUCCCAACAAUGUUGGGACCUGCAGUCCAUCGUGGGAAGGAUACAACCCAUAAGUCUUUGUAAACCAUGCGUAACGAGCGUGCGUGGCCCCAACAAUGUUGGAAGAGCUGUGCAAACGGAUCCAACAUUGCUGCCGUACACUUCGGCGAUCACGGAACAAAAGAAAUGUUGGGAGUUGUUGGCUGAAAAGUUUGACCGGUUUCAAACUUUGCGCAACAACAUGCAACAACAUGCAACAGGGCGUGCAAACGGAAGCAACAUGUAACAUCCAACAAUGUUGGGAGUUGUUGGCCAACAAUGUUGCGUCCGUUUGCACGGGGCUUUAUGGAUAAAUUGACCAUCACGUGAUUUUAAGGUUUAUAAACUUGGAACUCUUAAUAUAGUCAGGGUUCGCACGGGUCAUGGAAUUGAAGAAUUUCAUUUUCCAGGCCUGGGAAGUCAUGGAAUUGAAUGGUCGGUUCUCGAAAGUUCUUUGAAAUUGUAAUGUUGUAACGUUUUGCGUAAACGAAGUCCCAAGGUAGUAGAGUUGAAAAGAAUACCCACGCACAAAGAGUGCUAAGGCAAAAAAUUUUGUUUACUUGGUGGUGAAAUGUGCUGGUCUGGCGUAAUCAUGCUUAAGGGCCAUUUACAUUCAACUUCUUUCUUUCAGGGAUCGUGUUCCUGAAUAUCCGUGUGAACGCUAGUUUACCAGCUCACGUCAAGUACAAAAUUCGUAUGAACGCGUCUUAUUUUACACCCGCUACUGACAGCAUCCGGGAUCCUUACUGGAUGCCGGGCCCGCAGAGUUGGAAUCAGCGGUAUUAUGACUUGGGCUUCACGUGGUUACAAGAUCAGAUUGACAGAGCUAUUGUUGAUUUGCACGCUGGACGAGAUGUAGUUAAACCUGCAGUCUACCUUCAUGAGAUGCCCUAUCCAUGUUACGUCAGAGACAAGUAAGGCCUGUUAAAACAGGUUUCCAGUAGGUUGUCUUAUGUAUCCAAAGUAUGGACGAAUGAACUUUGAGAUAUCUCCAGCCACUUGCCCAAAAACUUUGUAUCCCUUUCCUGUUCAAACAUGUUCCCUUCUUUAUAGACUUUUUUUAUGACGAGGUGGCUGUUUUAAAGAGUAACCUAGCUGCAUAACUGCUCUUGUAGCCUGUUGGUCUUAGUUUGAUACUUUGCUGUUUUUUUGAUAACUAAAGAAACUUCUGAUACCCUCCUUCCCUCAUGUAUCGCUUACGUUCCGGAAUUACGGACUUUAAGAUGCAACGACGAGGAAACAACGGGAACGUCAAAAAAGCAAUAGGUUUUAUAGGGAAAACAACAACUUUGCAAGUGCAUCACGCUUGUUUGUACAUUUCUUCGCCCUUUUUUGUACGACUACGACGUGAAAAUGCCUAAUUUCGCGAACUCAACUCCAGGAGGCUUCACCUACAUUUGACAAAGUAAGUGGGUAGGAAUAGUUGCGAUAACAACUGAAGGAACGCAAAUCCACUUUUUAAGCGACGUUCUCGUUGCAUCUUAAAGUCCCUCUUAGGGAGCUUUAGCAUCGACGACGGCAACUGCAGCGAAAACGUCAGUUUUAAAAUGAAUUCCUGUUUUUUCAAUCUUUUUCGCGUUUAUUCUAAUUUGCUGAAAAUGGCAAGUGUAGGCGAAUUUCCCUGGAGGUGAUUUCUUGAGGACCACACUCAAGUUUAGAGAGAGAAAAAGAGACUCGUCGUCGCUUGUUUACGUCCUCCAUAAAACUUGCAAUUAGGCAUUUUCACGUCGUAGUCGUGCAAGGACGGUAAAGAAAUGUACAAAAAAGCGUGAUGCACGUGCAAAGUUGUUGUUUUGCGUAAUAAACCUAUUGCUUUUUUGACGUCCUCUUUGCGUCGCCGUCGUCGUUGCUAAAGCUCCCUAUUAUCUGCGGCAGGAGCGUUUCAUGAAUGUCUUGUUCUCCCACAGCUUCAUGUUCAUCAUUGAGCACAUGAUGCCUUUGUGUAUGACAGUAUCAUGGAUCUACACGGUAGCGCUCGCUGUACAGGCCAUCGUCUACGAGAAAGAACAGCGUCUUAAGGAGGUCAUGAAGAUGAUGGGUCUUUCGAAUGCCGUGCACUGGGUGGCAUGGUUCAUAACCUCACUUGUAGUCAUGUCUAUCACUGUUACACUGCUGGUUAUCAUUCUAAAGGUAAAUGAAAUCACUUAAUUUCUAUAUCAAGAUUCUCUCUAGUAGCAGCGAGGGUAAAUGGGAUUUUUUCCCGAAAUUUUCGACAGCUAACUAGUCUGUCUUAACUGAGAACGCAAGAUCACAAAGUGACCUUUGCCUUUUGAACUAGGUCAGGUUAAAACGGGGCUGUAAUAUUACUUGGACAUGGCCUUGGCCAAAAGUCCAAGGUUUCCUCAUUUCCGUGUCUUUCUCCAACGCAAGGCAAACGUAACCUCUUCUACUUCUUCUUUUGUUGCGAUUAGACGCUUUCUCGUCACCGUGUAACAAAAUAGGGCUAUUUAUACCAGGAAAAAUAAGACGCGUCUUUCAUUAGACGCGUCCUAAAUAAGACGCAAACUAUCUCGUAUAAACGGCACAUUAAGACGGAACUUAGCUAAGACGCGUCUUAUCGAAGAACAGGUGUUAGGAGCUGUUUUUAGAUAAGACGCGUCUUAGCUAAAUUUCAAACGAAAUGUGUCGUUUAUACUAGGAGUAGUUUGCCUCUUAUUAAGGACGCGUUUUAUAAAAACGGGUGUUAUUUUUCCUCGUAUAAACGGCCCUAUCAUAACAUUUUAUUAAGCAAUAACUUAAUGGGGUGUGGCUCCCAAUAAAAACAACAGAGUAGCGAUAAUUAACAAUUUUCCCAUUUUAUUGCCCACAGUAUGGCAAGGUGUUAUAUUACAGCGAUCCGCUCGUGGUGUGGGUAUUCCUCAUGGCUUUUGCAGUGGUGACCAUCGUUUUUUGUUUCCUUAUCUCCGUGUUCUUCUCCAAAGCCAAGCUGGCCUCAGCCUGUGGGGGGAUCAUUUACUUUCUGACCUACCUCCCUUACGUGUUUAUCUCCAUCCGAGAGGAGGCUGGGUUCGUCAACGUAAAGGCACGGGAGAAAAUCGCCGCCAGUCUCCUCUCUACCUCUGCGUUCGGACUGGGAGCGAGGUAUUUUGCGAUCUAUGAGGAACAGGGAGUCGGAGUGCAGUGGUCCAACCUUGGCAAGAGUCCCGUAUGUAUUAACGUCAUAAACUGAAGAUACCUAAAUGUUCUUGCUGUCUUUUAUACCGUUUUUGCGUUUUUUGUGAUUCAUUUUGGUUCAUUCUGCACUUCGUGCAAGUGCGAUUUGUAUUUAGUGUUUUAGUGUUGAAAAACCAAACCUAACCAGAGUUUUGGCCGACAGUCCUUGAAAUCAGUCAUAACUAGGGUGAAUCCAGCGGUUGUUUUGCGCGCUUUAGUUCAGUUAAAAAGGCCUUUUUAACUUCUUAUUACGGUGUAUAAUAGAGUAUAAUCUGUUUAUAACAAUUAAGUAAACUUAUAACGACAUUGUAAGUUAUAUUAGUGCUUUGUUUAUUGUGAAAGUCUGCUUAGGGCCGAUAGUUAAAGAUUCCUGGGAUCUAAUCCAAAUCAAGGAUAAUAAACAAAUAGCAUUUGAGAGGUGAACCUGGAACUCUGGUCCCACUGCCUGCUAUACGAAUGUUCCCCGUGGCUCACCACUUCAACUAGGAUAUACAAUGUCCCCUGGAUGUCCCUCCGUGUAUGGUCUCAAAUCAAAUUCCCCGUUCUUCUUUCUCUGUGUAAUUCGUUCAAAGGUCAACGACGAGUUCAACCUGCUCACAGUACUGUACUGUAUGAUGAUGGACACAUUUAUUUACGCCAUCCUGGUCUGGUAUAUUGAGGCUGUUCAUCCGGGAUCUUACGGUCUACCCCGCCCCUGGUACUUCGUCUGUCAGCCUUCGUACUGGUUUGGCCAUAACACGCAGGCGUGCCCAAAGAUGAGUCGCAGUACGUUCCAGAUGAUGACAGCGGAUGAACUGGAGGAUGCGCCGCAGGUUCAAGGCCUGUUAGCGUACGAGCGCGAGCCGAUUCACCUGACGCUCGGCGUAACUAUCGAGAAUCUUGUCAAGGUACGCGGCCACAGUGUUCAUGAAAUUGCGUUAUAUUUCUUGGCAAGCUGUGUCAAGGCCAUGUCGCUUGUUGCAAUUUUACUCUUCAUUUCAGGGCCCCUUUGUUGUUCAAGCUAAACUCUAAGUCCACGUUUCGCACUAUCACGAGUUAUGAAUCGUGUAUGGCCUGUCAACACUUUUUUCAAAUCGGGCUAAUCACAAACUGCGUAAGAGACUAGCCAAUCAAAAACGCCGACAUGUGUUCUUGCCUCUCUGCGGGAUUCGAACAGGAUAUUGUGCACUAAUUUGCAGACGCUCUAUACAGGGGUUUCAAGACGCAGGCUAAUGAAAGAAUUAACCUAAAAAUUGUCUUAACGUCUGUUUCUGGCAGGUUUACAAAGAAGGAAAGAAACUGGCCGUGGAUGGAUUAACACUGAACUUGUAUGAGGGACAAAUCACGUCGUUUCUAGGUCAUAAUGGAGCUGGAAAGACGACUACCAUGUCUAUUCUAACAGGCCUGUUUCCACCUACCGCUGGCACAGCGUAUAUCUACGGUCAUGAUAUCCGUAUGGACAUGGAUAAGAUUCGACGCAGUCUGGGAAUGUGUCCACAACAUAAUGUGUUAUUUGACAGGUUGGUUCUUUAUUUAAUGUUGCGCAUUUAGUGAGAUUGUAUUCUCUCGAGGGACAACAGAGUCAAUAGCUGCCUUCGAGUUGGAAGGGCAAAGGCAGCGGUGAGGCGAUAUGUGAUUGCUAUAGCAUUCAAGUAGUGAAGCCUUUUGUGUUAACGCUUUUUAAUUGACUCUUCUCCAUCUUCUUUGUCUCACCUUUGAAUAUCCUUUGGAUUAAUAGAAUGACUGUAGAUGAGCAUUUGUGGUUCUACGCGCGAAUGAAAGGGAUGCCUGAGAGAGAGGUCAAGAGGGAAAUGGAUCAGUAAGUUGUCUUAACUGUGUUGUUAGGGAGUUAAAGGUAAUGUUACACUGGACGAUUUGCAACGACGAUUUUUCGUGUAAUACAGCGUUGCAACAUUGUUGCGACAUUGUUUCGCAUAGUUGCAUCAUUGAUCCAACAUUGCAACCCUGUGUUGGUCGUGAAAACUUCACCCAAAAAGUAAAUUUGUUCUGUUUCAAACCUCAUCACUUUUAUUCCAACUCUUUUAAUUGGAAUGGAUGAAAUGUGAAAUGUUGGCGAUUUUUUCAGGAGUUUAAUUCUAAAGGACUGUAUCUAAGUUCACUAAAAGAAAAAGAAAACCGUUGUCUUGUGUUUACUUCCUCCAGGAAACGUGAAAUUAAGAAGUUUCACGUCGUAGUCGUGCAACGACGGCAAAGAAACGUACAAAAAAGCGUGAUGCACGUGCAAAGUUGUUGUUUUGCUUAUCUAAACCUUUUACUUCUUUGCCUUUCUCGUUGCCAUCGGCAUCGUCGUUGCUUAAGGUGCCUAGUGUCUUUCGUUAAACGUGUUUCUCGGGAAGGACAAUGAAAAAAGAUCAAGAUAUCAUCUUGACUCUUCCAAAACGGCAAGUAAUACUCAUUUCAGAAGAAUUACUCCCUUAAAGCUUUUUUUUCUGUGAAGAAAAGAAGACGAAGUAUGGGUAGAAAAUCUUGCCCACCUGUAGUUCAGACUCUAAGCUCCGAAAAGUUCUUUCAAAAUACACUCUAAACCCACCUCACGUAUGAGAGGAAAUUCCGCCACACCAGGAGUGAAAGAGUGAAACAAUCCCUCCUUUUUUUCCCAAAAGGCUCGUAAUGGAUGUAGGACUACCCACAAAAAGACAUUGCGCAGUAGAGACGUUGAGUGGGGGCAUGAAAAGGAAGCUCUCUGUAGCAAUGGCCUUCGCUGCUGGAUCACGAACUGUUAUUCUUGAUGAGCCCACUGCCGGUGUGGACCCAUAUGCCAGAAGAGCCAUAUGGGACCUCCUAAUCAAGUACAAGAAAGGUAGAUGUAACUACUGUUUAUUAAAUCCGUUCUCGGGUUAAAUCAGCAUUCAACCUACCAGUGGCUAGUACCCUAGUUUAAGCUGAGAACGCAUUUUACCCACAACAUAGACCGUAAAUCCUCUAUUAGAGUGAUUUUACUUAAAUCGUGAAAUAGAGAGUAGACUAAUCCGCAGUAUUACACUCUUAUUUCAUUGUUUUCUUUUGUUUACUCGUUACUAUUUGGCACUAAUUGUUACAUAUUGUUUCAUGGGUUUAGUAAAAUUACUUUAACUCUAUUAUAACUAGGAGCUAGUACCCUAGUUUAAGCUGAGAACGGAUUUUACCCACAACAUAAACCGUAAAUCCUUUGUAACUCUAUUAUGAGUUGUUCGUAUCCAGUCUUAAAAAGUAAAUUUCACCACAGGUCGAACUAUCUUGCUUUCCACACACUUCAUGGACGAGGCUGAUUUGCUAGGAGACCGCAUUGCCAUUGUCUCUAACGGAAAGCUCCGUUGUGUGGGCUCAUCACUUUUCUUGAAAAGUCACUUUGGAGAUGGGUAUCACCUCACCCUGGUAAAGAAACGAGAAAGAACCCCCCAGGGGUCCAUGGUUAGUGUUCACAUGUCACCGCAAGAGUCCAGACGGGACUUGGAGACGAGUGUGACGUCAGCAAGUGACAAUACCCUUCAGCCUGGUAAGUAAAAGAAUGAUGAGGAAUUUGGGUUUGUUUAUAGCACCAGACCAGCGACCUGUUUAGUUAAGGUUAGUCCAGUUACCAUGACUAUGUUAUUUGGGUUGAUUUGAAAUUUGGCGGCGAGCCAUAACAUUUACCAGAAAAGAAGUCGCACUAAAAGCAGAUCAGUUCAGUUUGCAGUUAUCAGGUGUUAGAGGUAAACUAAACUCCAUCCAAACCCUGAGUGACUGACCGUUCUGAAAUGUUUCGUUCUACAGAGCCCCAGAACAGCAGUGAGGAUCAUGUUAAGCAGGUAUCCACCUUUAUCAGAUCUCACGUGCCAGCCGCUAGGCUCGAGCAGAACACAUUACAGGAACUCACAUUCGUGCUUCCAGACAACUCCGUCAAACGUGGCGGCUUUGAAAUCUUCUUUAGUGAUCUGGAGAAGAAGCAAAGUGAACUUGGAAUUGACAGUUUUGGGUUGGCAGAUACGGCUCUCGAGGAGGUAAGCGAGCGUGGGGGAGAAACCUUUAAACACUUGCUACAGGUUAUUUGAACUAAGUCUUAACUUAGAUGGGCCAGUUAGAUGAUUAUGCCAAUUAUGGGUCUUUUUUCGUUAAGGAGCUUGAGAAAUUACUUUUUAAUGAAGAAAUCACAGCUUCGUGUCAAGCAAAUAUGUCCGCCAAACAUUCCUCGAUACAGUCCUCUGUGACUGGUGUGGUUAUAAUUACAUUUCCACCCUGCCCGCCAUAGAGCCUCCAGUAGCUCAGUGGUUAGAGCUUCCGAACUGGAACUCGGAGGGUCGUGAGUUCGAUUCUUACCUAGAGCUCGGAAUUUUUUCUUAGCUUUCUGGUGUUAGAAAUCUCCUUCUUCCAGAUUAUACUGAACGUUACAAUCAGGGGUGUUCGCAAAUUUCCCCUCAAGCGUUGAUAAAACGGUUAUGCAUAGUAUAUUUAUACACAAGAUAACGUUCUACGAGGGGAGUAAGGGCGUGGAGAGAGCACUCGUGCGCGUCCCACUAAUGUGACGCGGAUUCGAAUUCCCGAGGUGAUACCAUUUGUGGGUAGAGUUUGUUGUUGGUUUUCGCCCUUGUUCCCAUGUGUUUUUUCUGCGAAUAAUUUGGUUUUUCCGUUCCCUCAGAAAGGAGCAUUAGCCAUUCCAAAUUCCAAGUGGUAUUGGGAAAUGGACGACGAAGAGCUACUAUGUGAAUAUGCUACCAUCAUUCAAAGUCAUUUAUUUAUUAUUUUUUAUUGCAAGACAAAAUGUGGAUAUUAUGACUUAAGGUAUAGCAGCGACAUUUUAGGUGUAAUGGAAAUUGAGAUUUAUAGAAUAAUAGUACUGAAAUUAAGAAUAUUUUAUCCAGAGUUGCAAGAUAGUUUAACAUGUUAUGCUUUCUCAUGUCCUCAUCUUGCCUUCUGGUUGGUCUCUCCAGGUUUUUCUUAAAGUAACUGACGUUUCUUCUCGAGAGGAUUCGGGUAGGUUAUGCUCCACAGAGAUUUUUUCUGUGUUACUAAUAAUAGGUCUCUGUUUUACAUGCACUUCAUUUUGAGUUUAGUUCUAAAAACUGUACUGCGUGCUUUAAUUCUUUUAGUAAAGUUUUGAACGUUGUGGUUCAUGCAUGUCACACUUUCACCUCGUUCGUGCCACCAUCGUCAACGUAUCAUUCGAGCUUCUUAGUUGCAAUUGGUAAUUUUUAUUAAAUAAAUAUACAUUGAAGAUUUCAAGUGUAAUUUUUCCUUUUGUUAUCUCUGCAUCAAAUAGACGUACUCAAUUCAACGAACUCUGACAACUGUUCGAACCCCGAGGAGUCCACAAGCACUGGAAACAGCGUUGACCAUGCAGGGAUUGGUGACGAAUGGGACUCGGAUUUACCUGGCGGGGGAGAAAUGGAACUAGGUGAAAUGUCAGGAAUUCGAUACGACGCAAGAGAACAGCUGUUAAGUCCAGAAAUACAAGAAGAAGCCAGCUCUCAUUAUGGUCAGUGAAGACACACUGAGCAUACAUUUUGUUGUUUGGUUCGCUAAGAUUAAACUGAUGUAGUCUUUGAUACCUUGGUCGUUAAAUGUCGUUAGAAUUCUUUAAAAUUCAUAUUUUUUUACAUUGUUGAGUCCUUUACAAAAAGGUUUUUUAAAACUGUUUAUUUUGCUGUCCCAGGUACUUAAAAAUGCGAACACUUGUGUAGUAUCAAUCGGUGUACAAACCGUUUUAAAACAUUAAAGGAUAAACAAAUGAUAUCUUUUCAGUUUUACACCCGUUAUUCUAAAAUGAUCAGACCCCAUUAUAUAAAAGCCCCAGUUAUUAUUUUCCUAAAAUUUCCUUGUUUUAUCGGAGUUCCACUCAACUAGUGUCAUGUGUUAAAAUGUUUACAGUAUGAAUAAUACGAUUAUUAUUUAGAAUACAGUUAGGUGCAAGUGCUCUGGUCAUAAAUGAAGAGAAAAAAAACGCACCAUCUAUUUUUGAUGAUGAUAAUAAUAAUUUCUGUUAUCAGUGAGCGCAAUUAAAAGUGUGUUAGCAGACAGCGAAAUUGAUGUAAUAUUCUUUUUUGUUGCUUUAUUUCAGCCGAUCAAACACCAUUAAACACAGCAUUCCAAGGAGUUGGUACUCGCACAGUGAGCGGCGCCAGCCUCAAAUUCCAGCAGUUCUAUGCUCUUCUUGUGAAACGAUUCCAUUAUGCGCGUCGGAACUUUAAACAAGUUAUUUCUCAGAUUCUUCUGCCCGCCAUUUUCAUCACCAUUGCCAUGACAAUGGCUCUGUCAUUUCCAAAAACCCCGGAUCAACCUCCUCUGGAACUAACCCCGUCUAUGUUUCCUCGGCCAAAUUACAUUCCGUUUGCAAACGAGGCUAAAGGAGUCAACCAGUUGGCGUCGCGAUUGGACAAAACACUGACCCUCCUCUCCGGGGUGGGGGCGACGUGUUGUCUGCGAUCAAUAAAUCUGACUGUUAAAGAAAGCUUGGCAAGGAGACCUUCUAAAGAGGAACUGGGACAGAUGUUCGACAAGUCAUGUUCAGCUUCCAUAGACCAAGUAUCCGAUGAGUAUUUCAAACCUUCAAAUCUUCACUUGUCUUAUAUCUACACCAAUAACGGCUCAAACAUUUCUCAUUCAGUCACGCACAAGGAUACCGGGAGGGGAUGCCGGUGUUCACUGAACAAGACAGCUUAUGUAUGCGACAGGGGGGCAGCCGGAUCGCACCCAAAGGAACUUGUUACCAUAACAUUGGACACGCUGCAGAAUAUUACGGGAAGAAAUAUCUCAAAGUAUCUCCUGUAUACAACUGAGACCUUCAGGCUUCACAGGUAUUCAUUUGUACUUUUGCUGUCUGCGUAGUUGUUUAAGGUGAUGUUACACGGGACGAUUCGCAACGACGAUUUUUAGCGAAACACAGCGUUGCAAUGUUGGAACAAUGUUGUAACCAUUCGAAACAAUGUCGCAACAAUGCUACAACUCUGUGUUGCGCUAAAAAUCGUCGUUGCGAAUCUUCUCGUGUAACAGCACCUUUAGAUUUGAGGACGAGGACGAGGACGAGAUUUGACUUGAACUUUUUUUUUCAUACACCCUGAAAAGUUUCGUUGUACUUUUUCCACCAUAAAAGUUAGCAUGUUUAUUUGUACAGAAGGAAAUUAAGCUCUUUCCCGAUCGCAAAAUGCUAAAACGUCAAACAUUUGAUAACUUUAGGCUUAGAUACAAAUAUCCCGAUAUUUUUAAAGAUAUUUAGACGAUUUUGAGAUAUUUAGAAAAUCUCAUAAUAUUCAGGAAAAAAAUUAUGAUAUUUAGAAUUUUGUUACGAAAAAGUACUGAAAUCAUGUUUUUCUAGGAAGCUACUUCAAUGCUGAUUGCUAAUUUCAGUGACAGGGCUUUUAACGAAUCGUUUUUAUCCAGGUAUAUGCAAUGGCUCUUAACAAAAUUUUUGUUUGGCAUGUUAGGUUGUCAACUUUUUGUGGUACCGCAUAUUUUUGAGAUAUUUAGAACAUUUUCGAAUAUUUAAAAAAAACAUCGGGCGUCUGUUUAGAAGACUGGCUAUUUGUAUCUGGGCCUAGAUAACUUAUUUCCGUCACUACGACAUUUCCGCUAAAAUCCGUAGUAGAUUGAAGACCGCGUUUUUCCCGCCGAAAUGACGCUGGUUCACGUAGUUUAAACUCAAAUCGUCCGACGGUUUUUUGACGAAUCGUUUUUUCAAUAUGUUUCGUUUGGCGAGGUUGUCAAAGAUAGCAACAAAGAUAAAGUUAAAAUAGGUCUGUUAGAAAAGAAGGACGGUGUCCACAGUCUUU